AUGGCACCUCACGAAGAUCAGAUCGCCCCACCCGACCUUGGCGAAUACAAGAUAGACACCAACGUCUCGCCAGCAGCUGGAUCACAUGAAAAUGCAAUCGCGUCUGCUUGCUCUGAAGAUGCCACUAUCGUUGGGUCGCCAGCCGAGGGGAAGAAGGAGGACACGUUACAUUCGCCAGAGAAGCCAGCGACUGUCCAGGUGGCCGAGCUCAAUCAACCUCUUACACACCAGAUAAUUAAGCCGACGUCGUGGAGACCUUCAUUACUCCGUGCGGGCCCUAUCAGUGGGCUGUUAGCCCUCGCCUUUGGGGUGCUCCAGGUCAUUGCCGCGCACCUCAUUCUAGCACUAUCAGAUGGCAAGCCUGUUGAUUCCUGGCGCUACCAGCCCACGAUUGACGGCCCCUUACUUCAACGAGCCUCUACUUUGACGUCGGCAAUUACCAGUGGCCGAGUUAAUCUGGUCAUCGACCUCGCACCCGAACUGCCCUCGUACAUGACUGGCGCUACUCAUUACCCUGGCAACACCAACUAUUUGGACCUGGACGACAGCUUGAAACCUGUCGUAAAAGACUAUGGAGCUGGCGCGCCGAUCAAAUUGAGCAACUCAGCAGGCUGUAGCGGAAAGUGCAGUACCACGGUGCUCGCUCCAGCCUUCGCUGAGUUGUCCUGUCCUUCCAAGCAAAGCUUGUACGACUUUUCCACUCCCAUGACAGUGAAACAAAUGCAGUCGUUCAACCAGACGGGCUUGCCUCCUUCUGACCGCGCGAUUUUCCAGGUCUACCACUCGCUCUUACCAGGAUCGCGCGAGAGCAUUACAUUCCACACAAAAGUCGUGCAGCAGCCAAAAGAUGGCAGCUGUGCGACAUAUGUGAAUACAACUUCUUGCUCUCUUCGCUCGGCGAUCGGACGGUACCCUGUCGAAAUUCAAGAUGGAUACAUCAGCAUAAAGGGCCCUCCUGUUAUCAUAGCAGAAGCAAACAAUACUGCUCUAGACAACAGCACCAUUGACAGACUACAUCUCUACAACGAAAAUACGCAGAUGCUCAAGACUACUCUUUCCGGCGUAGCUAUCAUUGCCAACACCCGGUUCUAUUCGGAUGUGUAUCUGGUUCAGUGGCCAACAGCCCUGCUACCUCAAUUGGUCACUGUGGGAUCGGGAUGGUUUACCUGGCUGCAAGGUUGGUUUAAUACUGGCAACGGCUGCAUACCCGACCUUGGAGACCCAAGAGACGAGAUAAUACAUCAGCUCAAUGAGCUGAUAUUCAGGUUCGGCGUACACUAUGGAUCGACUAUGGAAGCACGGGAGCUGGGCUCUUUAAUGGACAAUGGUUUGGAAGUAAGGCAAGCCGUCACUGGUACUAUUGACGAGCGCACGGAAGUCUUUCAAACAGAGUUGAAGUUCUUCGCCGCCGCUGCAGCCGUCGAGCUCUUCACCAUCGCGGUGAUAUUGUGCACGUUUCGGGGCUACUGGAAGCUUGGACGAGCUACCAGUUUGAGUCCUCUCGAGACCGGGAAGGCUUUCGAUGCUGCUGCGCUCCGUGAUGCUGGAUCCAAUGACAAUACGCGGGAGAUCGAACUACUUCUCGGAGAUCAUCACAUCCAGUACGGGAUCCUCGAGAAUGAGAUGGAGUACACUGCCGCAUCCCGCUAUCUUCCUGCGGAAAAGCUGGCGGAACUUACAUUCUACGUUCUCGCCCUGUUCUUCACCCUUCGCAUAGGCUUCCGCCACCACCAUGUCGUCUGGCCUCAAUUCGGCCUGCUUCUCAUCACUCUCAUCAGCAGCCUACGGAUCGCUAGCGCCUCGAUGCUGCUCUACGCCGAGACACACUCCGAUUCCGCAGACGACAUUGCCACCUCUGUUGUGGUCAUCGGAGUCUGCAUCUCAUCGUUGCUCCUGAGUCUGCUUUUCGGGGUACAGCAUCUCGUCAAUCUGAGCAUGAAAAGAGCACACCAGACUGCCGGCACAUGGCAUAUCAUACUUCUCCGCUGGACUGCCGCUGUCGCGCUAAUCGUCUCGAUCGUGGGCGCCGUCAAGAUCUCCACAUCAGUAUACGAACCUUCAGGAUAUGAGUCCCUGGCAUACAAGUCCUCAACAUACGAGUCCUCAGUGUGCGACUCGAUCGCAGCCGGUCGCCGCGAACUCGAAGCUGCGAGUGUAUUGUACCUGGCCGUAUAUCUCGCUCUCGCCACUUUGAUAGUACUGCAGUAUCUGAACAAGGCAAGCGCGCCAACGGAGGAGCGGAAGUACCUAGCAGCUGGCGUCGCCGCCUUGCCUUUCAUCCUGGUGCGCAUGAUCUACUACAUCAUCGGGGCCUUCUCCAGUGCAGGCAGCAUGUACAUGUCAGCGUUCAUGGAGUUUGCAAUGGAAGCAAUCGUGGUAGUGAUCUUCAUGGCGGCUAGCUGGAUGGCACUGAAGAAACCAAGAUAUGCAGGUGCAGAAGGUCCGUCAUUUACUGCGGCAACCGGUCAGGAAGAGAUGGAGAGCGGGCAUAAGCCAGAGAGCUCAGGACCGCUACCGCAAGAGCAGUGCCAAAAUCAAACAUCGCGCGGCAUUGGUGAGGACGGCAAGUGA